AUGGCGCCUCAGACGAAGAUGGAACGGUCGUGGAGCGCCCUGACGCCGCCAUUAUCAGAAUGGAUACUGGACGCCAUUUCCGCCAUGGGCUUUACCAAAACGACACCUGUACAGCAUGCCGCAAUUCCAAUGUUCAUGGGCAACAAGGACGUAGUCGUGGAAGCCGUCACUGGAUCCGGAAAGACAUUAGCCUUUCUGAUACCAAUGGUUGAGCGCCUACUCCGACUAGAUGCCCCCAUCAAAAAAAAUCACGUUGGAGCUAUCAUACUAUCGCCAACACGAGAACUAGCGACUCAGAUACAUACUGUACUCGUUUCUCUCCUUAAGUUUCAUGCUCCAUCGGCGGCUGUCAUGAAGACGGGUGAUGAGGAUUCUGAUAUGGAGGAUGCGGAUGCGCCUCCUCCCCCAACCUUCCCUCCCGGAACCCUCAAGAUCGUGCCUCAGCUUCUCUUGGGUGGGUCAGUCACUCCCGCACAAGACUUAAGCUGGUUCUUGAAGAACUCACCCACCAUUCUCAUUGGGACACCCGGCCGUUUGUUGGAGCUACUAUCGUCGCCGCACGUUCACUGCCCACAGUCAUCGUUUGAUGCGCUAGUGUUGGAUGAAGCGGAUCGACUUCUGGACAUGGGCUUCAAGGAUGACUUACAAAAGAUACUCUCAAGACUACCGAAACAGCGGCGAACAGGGCUAUUCAGUGCUAGCGUCAGCGAAGCCGUUGAUCAGCUCAUCCGUGUUGGUCUACGUAACCCUGUUCGUAUAGCCGUUAAAGUUAAAGCAAGAGCUACCCCGAAACUCGGCGAAGAGGGAAGGCUUGAAGAUAAGCGUACACCUGCCAGUUUACAAAUGUCAUAUCUGAUCAUGCCGCCUUCGCACAAGAUUCCUGCGAUCAAGAAGCUACUGGCGACUCUGCAACCGCAGCCACAGAAGAUCAUAUUGUAUCUGGCAACUUGCUACUCGGUCGACUACUUCCAACAUGUGCUUCCAGAGGUACUGAAAGGGCACGCAAUCAUUCCACUGCAUGGCAAACACCCCGACAAGGUCCGCAAAAAGAACUUCACCAAGUUCGUCGACAGCAUGGUCCCAUCCAUCCUCCUCACCACCGACGUUGCAGCCCGCGGCCUUGACAUUCCCGCCGUCGACCUUGUCUUGCAAAUCGAUCCACCAAGCGACCCGAAGACCUUCAUUCAUCGCUGCGGCCGCGCUGGCCGUGCCGGUCGAAGAGGUCUAGCAGUGACCUUUCUCAACCCAGGUCGCGAAGAAGACUACAUCGAGUUCCUGCGUAUACGGCAAACGCCCAUCUCGCCUUUGACCACGCCAGACAUCACCAUCAUCUCUGUCGAUGCCGACGCAGCAAGCAAGAAGAUGAGAGCCGUGGCCAAGACCGACAGAGCGAUCUUCGACAAAGCCCAGCGCGGUUUCGUUUCUUGGGUCCGUGCUUACAGCAAGCACACCGCUAGCUCCAUCUUUCGCGUCAGCGAUCUGGACUGGGAAGACCUGGGUCAUGCAUGGGGUCUGCUCCGCCUACCUAGUAUGCCUGAGCUUAAGAAGUUUGAUGGAGAUCGCACACUUGGGCUAGAGUUCGAGCUAGAUGCGCUUGCCUACAAGGACAAGAUGCGCGAACAGCAGCGGCGAGAGGAACUUAGUGCACAAGGCGAGGGAGCGCAGAAGAAGAGGUUCAAGAAGGAAGAUAAGGAAAAAGAUGCGUGGACGCAGAAGAAAGAGCAUAGGGUGACGAAGGAGGUUAGGCGGGAGAAGAAGGUGAAGAAGAGGGAGCAUGAGCGUGUGGCGAAGUUGAGUGAAGAGGAGAGGAGGAAGGAGGAUGAUUUGCAGAAGAUGAUUGCGCAGGUGCGGAAGAAUGUGGCGGAGGAAGAGGAGUUUGAGGGGUUUAGCGAUUAG